CCGUCUCUAUGAUCCUCCCGUCUCUAUGGUCAGCCACGGCGUAACAACAGCAACCGGAAAGCGCUUCUUCAACCAGAGCGUCCACCGGCUGGCGAGGGCGCAUGUCCGGAAGCGCUCGAAGGUGACGGGAGCCGUUGGAGAACCGGCUUUCCGCUGCCAUGGCGGGCGAACUGGAGCGCUGGGUGUCCGGGCAGCUUCACUCUCUGCUGGGGCUGAGCGAACGCCAUGUGGUCGCCUUCAUGGUGGGCCUGGCUCACCGGAGCCGAACCCCGGAGGACCUGCUCGCGCGCCUGGAGGAGACGGAGACGCUGCGCGCCGCGGACCCUUCGGCGCGAGCCUUCGCGCAGCAGCUGUGGGAGCGGGUGAGGCCCGGCGGCCGUUGGGCGCGAGGCCGGACUCGGGGGCGGGAAGGGGGGGGGGAUAACGCGUCAGAAACAAAGCGACGCUGGAGUUCUCUGGGGGUGGCGCGCCUUGACUACGAUACUUGGCAUUUGGUGCUUGUGAGCGUCCAGGUAGAGUUACCACCUUUCUACUGGCAAAAGGCGGGGCCGGGCGGUUGGUGGACGAUUUCUCUUUUUUCUUCUGGUGCUGAAGUGACUUCAAAGCCAUCCAUUACAACCUAUGGCAGCCCAACAGGAUGGCCCCUCUGGAAUUUGUCACACAUGCAUGCGCUCACAUGACUUUGUAAAUCCGUCCGUGCUUGGCUACCCAGAGCUUAAAUGCAUGCCCUUCCACACACAUGCAUUUGGAGAGGAUCCCUAACUUAGCAAAAAGGGGGGCGGGAGAGAGAGACCCGAAAUACAGGACAUAGCAUUUCACAUUGAAAUAUGGAACAAUCCUGUGUUAUGCAGAACAGGUGGCAACCCUCUGCCCAUAGCGCUUCCAGGAUGUGGGACUGGCCACCCUUGGAAGACAGCUCAGGAACUUUGCUUGGUCCAAAAUGCGGCAUACAGAUGCAGUGUUUCUCAAACUUGGGUCCCCGUCUGUUGUUGGACUACAGCUCCCAUCAUCCCUGACCACUGGUCCUAGUUAAGAAUGAUGGGAGUUGUAGGCCAACAACAGCUGGGGACCCAAGUCUGAGAAAGAUUUGGGUUUAUGGCUGAGGGCUUCACCUCCAUCGUCCAGCCCGGACCCUGAGGUCCAGCUCCAAGGACCUUCUGGUGGUUCCCUCAUUGCGAAAAGUGAGGAUACAGGGAACCAGGCAGAGAGCCUUUUCAGUAGUGGCGCCUGCCCUGUGGAACAUCCUCCCAUAACAUGUCAAGGAGAUAAACAACUAUUUGACUUUUAGAAGACACCUGAAGGCGGCCUUUUCAGAGAAGUUUUAUUGUGUUUUUAAUAUUUUCUUGGGAGCGUUUUAAUAUUUUGUUGGGAGUGGCUAGAGCAACCCAGUUAGAUGGGCAGCAUAGAAAUAAAAUUGUUUUUAAAAAUUAAAAAAUUAUCCAGUAGCACCUUAGAGACCAGCUAAGUUUGUUCUGGGUAUAAGCUUUCGUGUGCAUGCACACUUCUUCAGAUACCAACAAUAAAAUUGUUUUUGUUCAGAUCUCAUAUGAACCCCUGUGUUGAAAAAGCUGCACUGGUUGCCAGCUUGUUCCCUGGGCCCAAUUCACGAUGCUUCCGUUGGUGCCUACAGCCUUAAAUGACUUGGGAACCGAAAUACCUGAAAGACUGCCUCCUCCCUACAAAACUACUGGUGCCAAGAUCGGCACUUUUGAUAGUUUCUCUGCUUUCAGAAGUUGGGGUGUGGGUGGCUCUGAAGAGGCCAUUCUCUGUGGUGGUCGCUAGGUUGUGGAACUCCCUCUCCACAAAGGUAUAUCUGGUACUUUUCUUAUACAGCUUACACUGAUUGCUGAGGAUGCAUCUCUAACCUUGCUUUUGACACUUGUGGUGUAUAUUUUUAGGACCCACCUUAUUUCUGUAAUUUUGUUCUUAAACUGUUUUUAAUAUUCACCUUGGGGUAAAGGGUGGGUAAUUGUAAAAACAAUCGUCAUCAUCAUCUUGUUAUUUUUACAGUUGAUCAGUAUUAUCCCCAUUUUAUAGAUGUGGAGGGGAAUGAGGCUAAGAGUUGUGCUGAAGGCCACUUAGUGAAUCUCUGACAAAGAUGCACUUGUCUUUCAGCCACUGUGCUAGCUCUCUACACUUUAAAUGCAUGUGGUUGUACAUAAAGUGCAACUAAUGUGAGGAGCAGGUGAGGGAUGGGGAAAUUUGUGGUUAGGAAGCACAUCUGAAGCAUCACCCUGAGAGGAGUUACCCUUUUUGAGGAAUGGUAAUAGGGACUCAAGGGAUGCGGGUUUUGCGUGUGAGGAUGGAAGUGGGUAAAACCUGAGCGCCUAGGACUUGCUGAUCGUCAGGUCGGCGGUUCGAAUCCCCAUGGCGGGGUGCGCUCCCGUUGCUCAGUCCCAGCACCUGCCAACCUAGCAGUUCGAAAGCACCCCCGGGUGCAAGUAGAUAAAUAGGGAUCGCUUACUAGUGGGAAGGUAAACGGCGUUUCUGUGUGCUGCGCUGGCUCGCCAGAUGCAGCUUGUCACGCUGGCCACGUGACCCGGAAGUGUCUUCGGACAGCUCUGGCCCCCGGCCUCUUAAGCGAGAUGGGCGCGCAACUCCAGAGUCGGACACGACUGGCCCGUACGGGCAGGGGUACCUUUACCUUUAUGGAAGUCAUAGUUUCCUUGUUUUCUGUGUCUGAUUUGUUCCCUCACCAAAUUUCCUGGUAGGUUCCGCACCAGGCCCCACGGGAACGUCCAGCUAGGUUGGCGGAACAGGAAGCCUUGGCCUUUCAGCAGAAGAACCGUUCAUACACCCUGCUGGAGGACAGCGAUGAUGAAGAGACUGGCGAGGCAGCUCGGGGCUCCAAGCGUCAGCGCCCUCCGCGAGGCCCUGAGGGCAAGCAGCGGAAGCGGCAUAAACACCUGAGGCAGCGCAAGGAGGAAGAGGAAGACGACAAGGACUCUGAUGAGAAGGGCAGCCGAGAUGAUGGUGGAAAGUGAGUAUCAGUCACUUGCAGAGAGCAAGAUUGGGUGAGGAGCAAAGGAAGCGAUAGUGAUAAUUCUUUUGUCAUUCUUGGUGUAGGAAGUCAGCAGCAUCCCCCACCAUUAAGGAGGAUUCAGAGGAUGAGUGGGACCGGAGUGAGCGAGAGCGACUGCAGGACCUGGAGGAGCGGGAUGCUUUUGCUGAACGUGUCAAACGCAAGGACAAGGAGAAGACACGCAACAUUCUGGAGCGUUCAGACAAGAAGGUGUGGCCUCAGCCUGUGGCCCCUGCUUUUGGCAGCCCUUACUGAUUGCUCUCCCGGGUUUGUGCCCCCCUCUGUCUAACCUGAAUGUCUCACGCUGCCCAUCUGUUUUUUAUUGCUGCCAGGAAUUAUCCACUUGUGGUUGAAAAAAUCUGGCUUAAAAUCUGAUCUUGGUACCUAAUACCUUUAAAACACAAUAGGAUUGUGCAUCUACUCAAGCUUUAAAAGCAUCCACUGCAGAAUUCAGUCUUUUACUAAUCACAACUUUUCUGACCCUUAUGGUAGCAAAAGAAUGCCUCAAAGAGAGUUUGGGUAACAUCUGGUAAAAUGUCAGAAAAGGAGAGGUUCCUGAAUUACGAUUUCAAUGUUCAGUAAUAGGGCAUAAGUACACUGUGUCCUCCUCAUCACUAAGCUCCUUUCCCCAAACAACAAGAGGGAAUGAGUUACACAAAACAGCAAGGUCAUUCAGAGUUACUUAAUUCUGAGCAUUUGCUGAUGUUGCACAUCUCUGUGCAGGUUACCCUAGUGUAGAAUUUUAGCUCUGUAUUCAUAUAUUCUAAAGCAUGGAAGAACCUGUGUAAGAUUGGCACCUAAACAAUGCUGGCAUAUAGGACCCCGUCCUUUUUUACUCAUUUUCCUCACUUCAUUCUUUGCAAGGACUUCUUUUCCAUUUUCUAGUACUAAACCUGCCCCAACUUUCCUUGCAAUUUUGAAAUGUCUGCCUUGCCUACUCCAUGGUUCUUGCCUCAAGGCCAUGUGCUCUAAUAAUUCUUGCUAGUAUUUUCUUUGCCAUUUAUAUACUUCAUGCUGUGUAUAUUUAAUUAUGUAAUUAUUAUAUUUAAUUCUCAGCUUUGAUGCUGAUUUAUUUAAACAAUUUAUAUCAUACUUAACCACAGCUGUCUAUAAAUGGUUUACAAAGAUGCAGUACAAAAAACAAAGAUUAGUUAAAAUUAUAAAAUCAAACUUCAAUUAAAGUGCAUUCUGGCUUCUGCAGUUAGAGAAGGAUAAGAGAAGUCAUGUGUAAAUUAUGGAAUGGGGAAAAGUCAGGGAGGGUAAUGGUUUUCUUGCUGAAAAUGUUCCUAACAAUUCUGUGGACUUGUGGAGGACCAGUCCAUAGUCUUUAAAAAUAUUGCACCAAAAGUGUGGUGAUAGGGACCCUGUUGACAAUCUGCUUUGGUUGAACUAUAUGUUUGUGCCUUUUGUCUUCUGAUCCUGCCAAGUCUAGGCCUAUGAAGAGGCUCAGAAGCGUCUGAAGAUUGCAGAAGAAGAUAAGAAAGUUAUGGUAGGAACUUUAUUUUUACUGUUGGAUGGUGUAGCUUCUGGCUCAUUCAAUUUGUAGCUGUAUUCUACAAUUUGUAGUUAUAUUCUACAAUAUUUUAAUACAUCUUAUUUUUUAACCACUAAUCUUUUUAUUCUUAACUAUCUUUGAUCAGACUAAUAGAAUGAUUUUACCUUUGUUCCCUGAAUGCCACACAAUGUGUGUACUGGGGUAUAAGGGGUAACCGCAGCUUUUCAGAAAAGUACAAAAUUAAUGAUUUGCAACCAUUUUUCCUGUUUGCAUACAUUAGCUUUCAUGGGGCAGUUUGGCUGGUGGGUUUAGCAAGCUACCAACCUAGCAGAAAUACUUUCUCCUAGUGAGAGGCUGGUUUAGAAGCCUAUUUAUUUCACAAAAGCCCAGUUCAUAUUAGGGAUCAUGAAUCAAACUCUCAUAGUCCUUGCUAUUUGACUUACUUGCCUGGCCCCAUAUUUUCCCUUUCUGCCUGACAGGUUCCAGAGCUGCGUAAGAAGUCCCGCCGAGAGUAUUUGGCGAAACGCGAAAAGGACAAGAUAGAAGACUUGGAGGCAGAGAUAGCCGAUGAGGAGUACCUCUUCUCUGAGCUCAACCUAACCGCCCAAGAGCGGCAGGAGCUGGAAUACAAACGUGAAGUUCGCGACUUGGCAAAACGGUACAAGCAAGCUGGAGAACAGGAAAAGUUGGAGAAGAGCAAUCGCUACUAUAUGCCUGAGGAGAGUCGCAGCAAGGUAACUAUCAUGCCGGUAGCAAAAUUGGGAGCCUAGACCCCUAUGAAGAAUGGUUGGUAAAAGGAGCUCUGUGACAGAGUAUGUGUAUAAUGCCAUUAACUCAGGGGUAGGGAACUUUGGGCCCUCCAGAUAUUGUUGAACUGCAACUCCCAUCAGCCUUGACCAUUGCCCAUACUCAUAGAUAUCUCAUAGAGAGUUGGAAGGAACCCUGAGGAUUAUAUAAUCCAACCCCUUGCAAUGCAGCUGUCCUUUAUGGGGAUCGAACCUGCAACCUUGGCGGUUCUCAGCACAUUUGGGGGAUAAAAUCGGUUUGCUGAGAUUUCAGACUAAGGCUCAGCAAUACAUACACUUGUUUGCAAACAAGAUCCCUUUAUUUACUUAUAGUAUGUAGAAUUGCAUGGCCCGGUAGCAAUAGAAGACACCAUAUUUUGCCUGGUCAUAUCUGCCUUCCCUUCUCUUCCUAUAGUGCUGUGAACGUUGACUAUAACAAAUGGAGAGGAGGAGACAGAACACAGCAACAUCUCUCCCCUACCCCAAGAGUAUGCUGUUUGCAUUAGCAGCUUGCAGCAGUUUCAGCUGGAAUGUUUGGGACUCUUAUGCAGGAGAGUCCUCUGAUAAAAUUGGUUACCAUACAGAACUGCUCUGGGGGAAUGUGCUUCUGUAAUUGUGGCAUGCCUAGGAUGGUGCUGCACUUUGUUUUUCUCCUUAGAAAUGAAUGGCAGGCAUUCCUUCAUAUGGGAGAAAGUAAUGAGGAUAAAUCUCUUUGCCAUUAUUGAUCUCAGCCAUUGAGAAUCAAGUCUGUUUUUGGCUGCAUAGCCACACCCUAAGUUCUGUUUCUUGGUCACACAGUAGCCCAAGCGUAGGGAACCUCCAGUCCUAAACCUAAUUUUAUGUGGGUGGCAAGGUGGCACAUAAGCCUUGCCCGCUGCUAGUAUCUGGUCCCCAGUGGAUUACCAUGGCGAGAGAAAAGUUGCUCACCCUUGCACCGCAGAAUGGUAGAUAGUGAAAACUUGCUUCCAUAUACAAGAAGAGUGUCUGAGGGUUUGAUGCUUGUUCAACAUGGCUUAUGUAAACUCAAAUGCGGCAUACUUUUGAAUAAAUGUGCAACAGUUUGGGCUGUGAAUAUACCUCCAAUUCAGUGCUGCCUCACAAGGCUGAGAUACAAGAUGCACAAAGGAAAUUUCCAUACUGAUCUGUUUUUGCCCUGCAGAAGAUACCUGAUCGCUAUGAGGAUCCCCAGACGGAGGAUCACAUGGCCCCGCGAGAUGAGCAGCGGCGCUGGGAGGAGGACCACAUUGGAGCAGCUUCCCUCCGUUUUGGGGCCCGGGAUGCCAGUCAGCGCCAUCCUCACAAAGACUAUGAAUACGUGCUUGAAGAGGAUGAGAUGAUCCAGUUUGUGAACGCCGUGCAGAUGCGGGGCACAAACCAGGGCAAGGUGAGAGUAGGUUGUUGGUUAGGGAAUGGGACACAGGGCGGCUGGGACCAAAAUAGUUAAAUCAUGCAGUGAAGUUGUCUUGAAGAGAAACUGCUGGGUGAAAAGAAAACAAGGCCAUAUUUGACGUGAUUGAAAGGGAGCAAGCAAACUGUGUUACAGAUAAGAAAACAUUUGGGGACAUCAGGAGAUGGAGAAUGCAACAAAUUGCUCCGUAGAAGCUUGAAAGAGAAUUGCAGAUUAAGCACUUAUGCAUAGCUGAUGGUGGGAAAUAGGGUAGUACCAUGAGAUGGAGCAGAGCUUCUUCAUAUUGCUGAAUGUGUGCAAACUAGACAUGAUAGGGGCAUUCACGUGUUUGUUCACUUGUCUUCCCCAUUUCCUAUUCACCCACGAAUCAUCACUGAGACAGAUGAACAACAAAUGUGGCUGCCUCCAGUAUACCUGUUGUUUUGACAGCUUUCCUGAGCAUCUUUAGAAGCAGCUUGUUUGAGCCUUGCUUGUUUGAGCAGGGAUUUGGUGUUAGAUAUGUCAGUAUUUGGGGACGCGGGUGGCGCUGUGGGUUAAACCACAGAGCCUAGGACAUGCCGAUCAGAAGGUCGGCGGUUCGAAUCCCCGCGACGGAGUGAGCUCCUGUUGCUCAGUCCCUGUUCCUGCCCACCUAGCAGUUCGAAAGCACAUCAAAGUGCAAGUAGAUAAAUAGGUACUGCUCUGGCGGGAAGGUAAACAGCGUUUCUGUGUGCUGCUCUGGUUCGUCAGAAGCGGCUUAGUCAUGCUGGCCACAUGACUCGGAAGCUGUAUGCCAGCUCCCUUGGCCAGUAAAGCGAGAUAAGCAUCGCAACCCCAGAGUCGGCCACGACUGGACCUGACGGUCAGGGGUCCCUAUACCUAUACCUAUGUUAGUAUUUAAGCUCAAGUAUGCAUAGACACCUGCAUGCUCAAGUUCUGUUUACAUAGGAUAAGCUACUGGAAGAUAGGAAAAUGCCUUGUACUGUGGCAAUCCAAAUAUCCAUUUAGCCCAGAGUUAUUUCUGGGAUCUUCUGCAUGUAAAGCGUGAUACUCGGCAACUGAACUACCAUGCCUCCUCAGUUCUGCAUGUGGAGCUGGCUUUUCCCAGUGGCAGGAUUUAAGUGUAGAACAACAGGGAUUUCACUCUGUUGCUCUGGGGUAACUAAAUCUCUGUGGUCACUCUGUUUCACUUAGUCCGUGGAGGAGAAUCCAGAGUUGUCCGAAGCUGAGCGCAAGAAGCUUUCCAUCCAGGAGGUGCGCCGCAGCCUGCCCAUCUUCCCUUACCGUGCAGACCUGUUGGCCGCCAUUGCCGAACAUCAGACGCUUAUCAUAGAAGGAGAGACUGGCUCUGGCAAGACCACUCAGAUCCCACAAUACUUGUUUGAAGAGGUAACUUCGCACAGAAAGUGAGGGAUUGUGAAGAUCAAGUAAACCUGCACUUUGGCUAGCUAGAGGAAGUGCUCCCUUUGCACUUGCUGCCUCUUCCUAGUACUGUAGAAGCUUUUCAGCAUCUGAAUGAACAGCCCAGUACAAAUGCAGCCUGUGAGCGUUAAGGGAGGUUUUCUCUCUUCCUACAGGGCUACACACAGAAAGGAAUGAAGAUUGGUUGCACCCAGCCCAGGCGAGUGGCAGCCAUGAGUGUUGCUGCCCGUGUUUCCCAGGAAAUGGGUGUCAAACUUGGAAAUGAGGUAUGUACUUGGAGGUGGGGGGCUGCAGAAGAAAAAUGUAUGUCCUGUUCCCAGUUGUUUCGGCUAGUCAUUUCUGAAUUGAUUUUUACAGUGUCUAGUAGUCCUAACAGCAGCCUACUUAGUCUCAGAUAAAUAUGCUUUGCUGGUGUGACAAUGUUCGUGCGUUAAUAGAUGGGAAGGUCCCAUCCUUCCCUUUUGGAAUAUAUUUGGGUAACUGAGAAGAUAGGUGUUAAAUCAGCCUGGAGUAAACUAGGGUCUCCUUUUUAUGCAUCCUUUGUUUGUCCAUGUCUGUCCUUGAUCUCGUGGUAGUACAACCAGCAGGGCUGGCACUGCUGUCACCCAGAGGUCAGGUAAAGUGUUUCCUUCUUUCUUUCUGAUGGGAAUUUGUAUACAGCUUACCCGUUUUUAGACUAUUGAGCUAAAUUGACUUCCUAGCCAAAUACUGUUCUGUGGGUAAUAAGGAUGGUUUCAUGGAAACCUGUAUCUAAAAUUCAACCUUUCCACAGGUGGGCUAUAGCAUUCGUUUUGAGGACUGCACCUCAGAGCGGACGGUGCUGAAGUACAUGACAGAUGGGAUGCUGCUGAGAGAAUUCCUCACUGAGCCUGACCUGAGCAGCUACAGGUGAGCAACAGCCUACCCCCUAGAAGUCUGUAGAGAGCUCAGUUGGGAGGUGGUGGAGGGCCAGUGUGGUGUAGUGGUUAGGAGCGGUAGUCUCGUAAUCUGGGGAACCGGGUUCGCGUCUCCGCUCCUCCACAUGCAGCUGCUGGGUGACCUUGGGCCAGUCACACUUCUCUGAAGUCUCUCAGCCUCACUCACCUCACAGAGUGUUUGUUGUGGGGGAGGAAGGGAAAGGAGAAUGUUAGCCGCUUUGAGACUCCUUAAAGGGAGUGAAAGGCGGGAUAUCAAAUCCAAACUCUUCUUCUUCUCUAUUGUUUCUGAGGGAUGGUUGAGCUAGAUUAGGUAGAAUGCUCAGGAGAAAACCUUGAUUUGGGGUUAUAUAGAGUUACAAGAUGGGCUAAAUACUAGUAUGUGUUGUAUAGAACAUGGAAUGCAGCUUCAAUACCAGAGCCCCAACUUUGCUUGUAUACAUACAAUAAAAAUGUAAGCAUGUCAUCACACUGCAGUUCACUUGGCCACACACAGGUGGUGCUCAAAACUACAGCAUGUUGAGCGGCAUCUGAGGAAAGCCACAGAGGGUCAGUCAGAACAGGCUGCUGCAGCGCCCCUUCCGGCAGCCACUCUUCUUCUCUAGCUUCUCUGCCUGCUAUUCAUGGAGCUCCUGCCUGCAGGAUCUAUAUACCUUACUCCUCCACAGCCUUCUUGGAGGAAUGCUGCUUCUGCCACCAAUUAGGAUAAAGAGUUGGGCCUGCAGGAGGAACAGCAAGGAAAGAAAAGGCAUUCAGAAGUGGCAGUUAGCUGGCCUAGUAAUCUUCUGAUGUUGCUGAUGAGGCACAGAGAAGUUGGCAGUGGUGGCGGCAGCAGAUUCCUAGGCUGGCUGCUGCUUGUAGCAUCCUUCCUGUUGCUCACCUGCCUGGCCAACUCUUUAUCCUGGUUGGCUGCAGGGGCAUGAGACGGAAAGGGGAAGGUCUAAGACGUUAGUGUAAGAGGGGGUGGGAUAGGCAGAGUUGGUGCGGAAUGGGGGGGGGGGUCGGCAGAGUUAACAAUCAAUGGGAGCAGGUGCACAGCCCCAGUUAUAUAAAUAAAAACCCAAGAGCAGUUUCCUAGUCCUCAAGAUUGUGGAGAGAAACAUAGAAGCAGUUUCUACUAAGAAGGAAAGGAGUAACUGAGAAGGUCUUUUCAGUGGGGAGGCACUGCUUAGUACAGCUGCCAUCCCACGCCGCUCAUGUUCUUUGUAAUAAAUGGUCCAUAGCUUUUAAAUGACAACUGGUAGUUCAGCAGCACGGCCUCCCUAAUUUCUUCCCUAGUGUCGUCAUCAUAGAUGAGGCUCACGAGCGCACGCUGCACACAGACAUCCUGUUUGGGCUGAUCAAGGACAUUGCUCGCUUCCGGCCUGAGCUGAAGGUGCUGAUUGCCAGCGCCACCCUGGAUACGGAGCGCUUUUCCACCUUCUUUGACGAUGCUCCCAUCUUCCGCAUUCCUGGGCGCCGCUUCCCUGUUGACAUCUUCUACACCAAGGUCAGCAAGCAGAAAGGACUGUUGUGGGUUGUGUGUGUGAACAUCGCUAAGGAAACACAGCUGCACUGAUGAGCAGAACCAGUGCUCAUGACAAUAGUAUACCAAAGGAGCUAAACACAGUGCUAUUACUUUUUAAAAAAGCAAGAUUCCCAGAACUGAAUCUGGGCCAGAUUCAACCAAUGGAUCCUGCUAGCAGAAGUCCACAGAAGGAUUUUCAAUAGGGCUUUUGCCCCCUAUCCCUUGCAUUGGCGCUGAGUGGGGUCAGGAGAGCCCCCAGAAAAGCAGGGGGAGGGAAGAUAGUGAGGACUUUGGUUAAAAGAUAAACUGUGAAUGACAUUGCGUUUAAUGGAGAGAGAGGAAUAUCAGCAAGUCUUGGUGUUAGAAUAAGCGGAAGACAGGUGCUGGAAGCAGCAGUGAAAUUAGGUUCCCCAAAAGAGAGAUCGAGUGGUACAAGUUGUAACAGAAGCCACUGAGAGGCAGAGUUGGGCUUUGCUUAUAUGGGUCAGUAGGAGAUAGUGAUUUCUCUCUACCUUCCAUCCUCUAGGCUCCAGAAGCUGAUUACCUGGAAGCCUGUGUGGUAUCAGUACUGCAGAUCCAUGUUACACAGCCUCGAGGGGACAUCCUUGUAUUCCUCACUGGCCAGGUAUGUCUGUGUUUGUUUCAGUGCCCACUUGGUCCUUGGACGGAGAGGGGGGAGACAUGCAACAGCAUCCAACUCCCAUUAUUUGUUGACAGGAAGAAAUCGAAGCAUGCUGUGAGAUGUUGCAAGAUCGAUGCCGUCGUCUGGGUUCCAAGAUUGCAGAACUUCUGGUCCUCCCCAUUUAUGCUAACCUGCCCUCUGACAUGCAGGCCAAGAUCUUUGAGCCAACCCCACCAGGGGCCAGGAAGGUAGGAGCAUGGAGUAGAGAAGGAAAGGGGAGCGAAGCUUUGGCUGUUUGCAGUGGAGCUUUAUGUCUCUUUACCCACUCUGGAGGAAAGGAGCACUGGCAGGUUUGGGCUAUAGAGCUAGUGGUGAUUUUAGGAACUGGUUUUGUGUUUCAGGGGAUGGAGUUUCAAGCUGUUUAGUGUCCUGGGGUUGUGGCUUUGAAGGGGAUUGUGCAAGGACCAGUUUUGAGUUCACAGUCUGGAGUCAGACUGUUGGCUCAACUAUCCUGCCAUUGUUUACUCUGGCUGACACAGGUCCUUCCCAGCCCUUUUGCCUGAAAUCCUUUUUAAAUGAAGAAGCCAGGUCUAAACCUUCAUCAAACAUGGGCUCUUACCACUGAGUUAUGUCCCUUCCUCUCAUAGUGUGCUUUUAGGCUAUGACAGAAGCAGGUGACCUGACCAGUUAGCUUAUGUAUCUCUUCCCUUCUCCAGGUUGUCGUAGCCACCAACAUUGCGGAGACAUCUCUGACCAUAGACGGCAUCAUAUAUGUGAUUGACCCUGGUUUUUGCAAGCAGAAGAGCUACAACGCUCGCACAGGCAUGGAGUCGCUCAUUGUCACUCCGUGCUCUCGGGUACCGGGCUUCUCUACUUCUAUUCAUCACACUCCUAAGCUUAGUCUUUGGGUUAACCUGCAAUUUUUAUUCAGUCCAUUUCCUCUCUCAGGGAGAACAGUCUAGCUACCAAAUAAAAUACCAGGCAGAGGGUGUAAACUGUACGAAUGGGUUAUGCAGCAUAAAUUAGAGAUGUACAAGAAGUGACUCUGUUAAGCCACAAGUUUGAAUCUGUUUUUUCUGUCUCAAAAUCCCUAUACGGUAGCAUCUACAUAGCCACAAAUGGCUUAUGUGCUGGUUACCAGUACAUUACAGGGAGUCUGGGACUGGUGGCUAGGAAGUGAGUAUUGGGUACGGUGUAACUUUUAAGGGACAGAGAAGUGAAAGUUGAUAAGGUGAUAGCUAGAUAUCAAAGCAAAAAUGGAUUAUUGUUGGUCACUCUCAUCAUAAAGAUGUUGAGACCACUUUUGUAAAAGUAAAUCAGAACAUCUUGUGCAAUGGUUUGCUAGGAAAAUUUAGAUUCCCAACUGUAAACACAAGUUUCCACUUCCCAUGAAAUUAUUGAAACUUACAUACGUUUGUGGGGUUUUUAUGGUGUGCCUGCAUCUGGUUUCUGAGGCUGCCUUGAGCACUGCAUACAUUUCAGGUGUGCCUUUUCCACAGUCAUAAGGACUAUAGAUAUGCCCAUAUACUCAGUGAAGCCAGGCAUUCUGUAUGUGCCGUGCUAGACAGCAACAUGGAAUUCUAGACCACCUUAAUCAGGAACAUGUUCAUUUCACUGAGGUGCUGUUAGUCUUGUAAUAACCCUAAUAAGUUGUCCUUGGGAUCUGGUGGGAUCGGUUGCCAGUUGUCACCCCCCACAUCCUCACAGACACAAUGCUUCAUCAUCUCCUUCCCUCUUUCCCUCAGGCUUCUGCCAACCAGCGAGCAGGACGGGCUGGCCGUGUUGCUGCAGGGAAGUGCUUCCGUCUCUACACAGCCUGGGCCUACAAGAAUGAGAUGGAGGAGACAACAGUGCCAGAAAUUCAAAGGACCAACCUGGGCAAUGUGGUGCUGCUGCUCAAAAGCCUGGGUGCGUGGCUGGUCAGUCUAGGAUGAGAAUGAUGUACAGGAGUUGCUCAACUUUCCCUAAAACACCUCCUUAUUAAGGCUGGAUGAGAACAAGAGUUUGAGUGUUUUUAAGCCCAUCGUUUCCUAGGGUCCUAUUUUCCUUUUUAGAAAGAUGGGAGGGGUGCAUUUCCUGGUGGCAGAAAUACUUUGAAGUUUUGCAGGGUGUUUCUAAGUCUAGCUUUCCUCCAUUUCUCCCUUUAGGCAUCAACGACCUGAUCCACUUUGACUUCAUGGACCCACCGCCCCAUGAAACUCUAGUAUUAGCACUGGAGCAACUCUAUGCCCUGGGAGCCCUCAACCAUCUUGGCGAGCUCACCAAGGUAAUUGUUUCAUAGGCUCAAGGACGUGCUCUGCUUCCUGGGCUGAAAGUGAGCUGUAUUUUCCAGCUGGCUUCAUUUGAAAAAGAGCUGGAAGCAGGAAAGGAGGCCGGAGCUUCAAGCACACUGACAUCUUCUGCUUGCUCCCCAGUUCAGGGCUUCGUGGGUACAGAUGGUUUUCACAGCAUUGUUAUGGAUGAUGUAAAAUACUUGCCAUUUUUCACCUGAAAGAUGGUGGGGUGUUGCCCUGUGGUAGAGCUCUGUUGAGCAACUACAAUGCUAGAUUUAGGAGCCUAUGCUCAGGUUGCUCCUGAGACAGAAAGCUAGCUGGUGGCCUUGGGCCUUGCACUAUUUCUCAGCCUAACCUAGGCUCACGCUAUUAUUAUGAUGAAAGAGGAGGGGGACAUGAAUGCUCCCCUAAGCUCAUUAGAAGGAUAUAAAAAAUGUAAGAUAUAAUAAAUGUCUUCCAUGGGUUCAACAUGUACCCUUCUACUAUGAUCUUGACGAAACUCAAAAGCUAGGCAGUGUUAGGAAAAGUGGUGAAACUGUUCUCAAGAAAAGGUUUCAAAUGGUUCGGGUUAAACUGCACUUUUUAUUUAUCUGUGCAAUAGCCCACUGCAUCCCAGUGACUCCAGGUAGGCACCAAUAUGAAAACAGGAAACCCCCAGUUAGGACAGUUAACCUGAAAGGGUGUGUUUCUGGGACAGGAUUUGGGAUUUCCUCUGCAGGAGGAGUUUGCCUCCUUCCUUCCUUCCUUCCUUCCUGUCAGCAUAUGUGAUCAGUUGCAUCCAUGCACAAACUAAGUGUCAGGAUACAGCUGCACCCCCCCUCUGCUCUUAAAAGGAAGACUAAUGCAUUGUGGAGUUGAAGUCGACAUUUGUGCAUUUGUACAGCAAAGUUUGUCCUUCUUGUGUUCUGUAUUUAGCUGGGCCGGAAGAUGGCAGAGCUGCCUGUGGAUCCCAUGCUGUCCAAGAUGAUCCUGGCUUCAGAACAGUGAGUCCUUCUCUGCCUUCCUCUGUCUCUUUUCAGCCAAUUAAUUGCGUGCUUAGCAUUCUGUUCCAGUAACCACAAGUGAAGCUUGUGAUCCCUCUUAUCUCUCUUAGUUCCUAGUUCCUCUUAGUUCCGCCUACUUAUUGCUAUUUCCCCAGCAAAUUCCAAAGCUCUCAAAAACCUGAACGAGCUCUAUUAGAAUCAACUGUUUCUAGAGAGGGAGCCAUGUUAGGCUGUUGAGCAAAAAUAACCAUCUUACGGAAUCGUAAAAACAAAGACAUUUAUAGAUCUGCUUUUGUGUGUGCCUGUUGCUGUCAUCAUUGGCAAUCUAUUCCUUUCUUCUUUGUUGUGACUUGUGAUCGAGAGUUGAUUUCUUUUUUCACAGAGAAUAUAAGUGACCCACUAAGUAAUAAACCAUUCUACUCAGGGUAGUAAAACAUUUGUUUUGUUUUGCUUUUAAAUGGCAGGUGGCUAAAAGUAGAUUUUAUCUUGGUUGCAUUUUAAGUAUUGUAGAUUUUUUAUUUUUUUUUAUCUAGUUAAAAUUAAUCCAAGCACGUGGAACAAACACUUGGAUAAUAUUAAAUUCAUUUGUAAAUUAACCUGUUUUGAGUAGUUAGGUUUGUUUAGGAAACCUUGGAAGUACCAGAUUUAAAAUCAGUCCAGCUGCCCUUCAAUUUUUCAGAUUGAAUUGCUUCUUGCUUCUGGUUGUCUUAUUCCCCAACUUUCUGAAAUUACCUUCUGGUUGGCUUUCUAUCGUAAGGCUGUUGCUCUGGAUUGAGGCUGGCUUUGUUUCUGCCAUGCCGAGAUCUAAUGCUGUCGUGUUCCUCUGCUGGCAUUCUCCAGGUACAAGUGCUCAGAGCAGAUCCUUACCAUCGCUGCUAUGCUUUCAGUCAACAAUGCCAUUUUUUACCGGCCCAAGGACAAAGUGGUCCAUGCUGAUAAUGCCCGCAUGAACUUCUUCCUGCCUGGUGGGGACCACCUGGUUCUUCUCAAUGUUUAUAAUCAGGUAAGGAAGAACUUCUAGGAACAUAGGAAGCUGCCUUAUACAGUCAAACUAUUGGCCAUCUAGCUAAGCACCAUUUAGAGUGACUGACAGUGAUCUUUCAGAGAGGGACGUUCCCAUCCUUAUCAGGAAAUACCUGGACUGAACCUUAGACCUUCUUCAUGGAAAGGAGGUGUUCUACCCAGAGCUAUGAACCUUUGCUUAUGCUGUGCAUAUGGAGUCAGGAAGGAGAGGGGCCUUUUGUUAAUCUGUUUCAAUUGAGUAUCAGGCUAGCUCAGGAAGAGAGUUGGCACAGUGGAUGUGGAUGACUUUCACGUGCUUGAUUUGAGCAGAAUGCUGUUUAUAGUAGUGGUCUGCACCAUGUUGCUAAGGAGUGUGAUUACGUCUCCACUGCUAAAGCUCCUUAGAGCAGAUUAAAUAGAUAUUUGGUUGGUGAAUUUCAAUCCUUCGGGUAGGAGGAUUGAUUAGAUCGCCCCUUGAGAACCCUAAGAGACUGGCAUCCAAGUACAUCUAGUAGCAAGAGAUUAAGUGCAUAGCCUUUCUGAUUAAGAGUGUAUUUAGGCAGGAAUCCUGUUUUAGGGGUUGAGGGUCUAGUCACCUCUGACUAGGAAAGGCUCAUUGGCUGUUAGGGCGAGAACUUAGGUACAAUAUUCCCUUGAGAGGCACUAGUUCUGUGGUUGUAGUUGGGUCGGUGGGUGGAUGGAAGCCCAAAAAGCGGCUUUAUAUCUCUCCUUUCCUCCUCAGUGGGUGGAGUGUGGUUACUCCAUGCAGUGGUGCUAUGAGAACUUCAUCCAGUUCCGCUCCAUGAGACGAGCCCGGGACGUGCGAGAACAGCUGGAAGGGUUGAUGGAGCGCAUUGAAGUGGACAUCACUUCCAGCGAGGGAGACUACAUCCCAGUCCGCAAGGUACAGGCUCUCCCCGGCUUCCAUUACUUCCUCCAGGGCUGCUUGUAAAUGUGGUGGUUGCCACAGACAUGCCAGUGUUCUGCAGAUCUAGAGAUGGAGGGUGGGGGGAACCCACCAUAGAUUUGGGAGGCAAGGGAGAAGCUCUGUCGUACUUGGGAAAGUAGUUCCAUGCAUGCCGUAAUUUAGUUGGAUGCAACCCUGUGUGGGGAAUAGCCCCGUGUUUCAACUUGACUUUGUUAAAUUUCUAUGCAUGAAAUUGUGUUGCUAAAUGUGUAUUACAUAAUGCAGAAUGAAAGUGCACUGGAAACACAACCUACAACACGUUGUAGUAAUUUUUCAGAUCAAAGACUCUACCUACCAGUCCUAAAUAUAUCAUGCAACACUGAGCAUUUUUGAUCACUUGAAAUGCCAGGGAGUGCAAUAAGUAGAUGGCUGUGUCAAGCGGAGCAAGCUGGGUCCCCCCCCCUUAUGUUUUCAGGUCUUUUUCAUUCUUCCUCUUGUUCUUCCGCAGGCCAUCACCGCUGGCUUCUUUUAUCACACGGCCCGCCUGACCCGCAGUGGCUACAAGAGUGUCAAGCACCAGCAAACAGUGUUUGUCCACCCCAACAGUUCCCUCUUUGAAGAACAACCACGCUGGCUCAUCUAUCAUGAGCUGGUCUUCACUACUAAAGAAUUCAUGAGACAGGUAAAAAGACUGUAAUCCAUGCUGGGACUUCUGGGGAGAACUUUUGAGAUUGUAACUCGAGCUAAGCCCUAAAAGAGACAGAUGACCGGUAAUUUUAGAAGAAAUCAGUAUAACGUGGGUAGCAUUUGCAAAUCCAGCCUUGGUAACUGAUAUAGGAAGAGCUUGAUGGGGGUCUUGUGAUGGAAGUAGUCUGUCUUUCCACUGUACUACCCUCCCAGUGAACAUAUAUUUGGAAUGGAAAAGGUCCCAGGUUCAGUCCGUGACACGUCUAAUUAAAAGGACCACAGGUAGUAGUGAUCUCUGCAGGAGAGCAGCUGCUAGUCAGAGUAAAUAAUUGUAAGUUAGACCAAAGGGCUUCAUGGGUUUAGAAACAUACUUGUAUUUUAUUGUGCUCACUCUAGCAGGGUCUAUGGAACGCUUUGGUUUUCCCCAAAGAAGAAAAUGAUCAGUGUGCCAGUUGACAGUGAGUGGGGCCAACAAUGAAAUAUUCUCUGUACCUUGCAGGUCAUAGAGAUUGACAGUACGUGGCUGUUGGAGGUGGCCCCACAUUACUACAAAGCCAAAGAAUUGGAGGAUGCGUCCAACAAGAAGCUACCCAAGAAAGUGGGGAAGACCCGGGAGGAGCUGGGAUAGGCUUCUUCUCAGUUAUCAGCUUCUCCCCACCAACCCUGGGACACUUAUUUGUACAGCUGUAUAGUUUUGAUGUCAUUUCAAGGCACUGAAUAAAAUCUUUUUUCUACAAACACUCAUGAGUAAUUGCUUCCCUUCUCUUUCUUGGUAAGAGGAGGAAAGUCUCUUUGGAACUCAUACAGCUGUCUUGGACUGCAGUGUAGCUAUGGCUAUUUAAGCUACUAUAGUUUGUCACUUGUGUUGGCUAUAUUCAUGCUAUGCAAGCAUUUGCACAUUUUGCAGUGGAGUCAAUUAAUUCAUCUAGGUCUAAUACAGAAUGCUAUACAGUGGUGCCUCACAAGACGAAAUUAAUCCGUUCCGCGAGAGUCUUCGUCUAGCGGUUUUUUCGUCUUGCGAAGCAACCCUAUUAGCGGCUUAACGGAUUAGCACUAUUAGCGGUUUAGCGGCUAUUAAAGGCUUAAAGGCUUAGCGGAUUAGCUGCUAAAAGGCUAUUAAAGGCUAUUAAAGGCUUAGCAGAUUAGAUAAAGGGGCGAAAAGCG